GUCUGCGCCGGCAGAGCCGAAGACUAACGCCGUGUGGACUUCAAAACACAAAUAAUGUCUUACACAACCUCGCAGGGUUGUUCAGUGCUGAGAUCUAUCUAGAGCAGACCAGAGCGUAACCAUGGAUGAGGAGGACAGCCAGGAUGAGCUGAUCAACAGGAACGUCUCCCACAGAAAAGGAAAAAGACCUGCCAUGUCCAUCAUCUCUGAUGACGAGGACAACUCCGCAGAUGAGGGGGAAUCGGAGGAAGGAGAAACAGGCAGCGAGGAAGAUGAUGACAACCAAGAGGAAGUGCUUGAUGAAGACGAGGAGGAAGAAGAUGAGGAUGAAAGUGAAGAUGAGGACUCUGGUAAAGUGCUGGAAGGAGCUGUAGGGAGUGUUGCUGUGGAUGCAGCGGGUCUGAGCUCAGACGAGGACUCGGAGAAAUGCCCCAUCUGCCUGAACUCAUUCCACGAGCAGCCCGUGGCCACGCCGGAGUCCUGCGAACACUACUUCUGCCUGGACUGCAUCCUGGAGUGGUCAAAUAAUGCCAACUCUUGUCCUGUGGACCGGAUAGUCUUCAAUAACAUUCUCCUGAGAAAGUGCUACGGUGGGAAAGUUCAGAAAACAAUUGCAGUGAAGAAGCCUGUAAAACCUGUGGAGGAGCAGGUGGAUGUGGACUUGGAUCAGACCAGCUGUGAGGUUUGCGGGGGUCGAGACCGUGAAGAUCGUCUCCUACUGUGUGAUGGAUGUGAUGCUGGGUACCACAUGGAAUGCCUCACACCACCGCUGGACGCUGUACCUGUAGAGGAAUGGUUCUGCCCAGAGUGCAUCGCCAACAACCGCACAUCAGGUCCUGAACAAAUCAGUGAGGACGAGAGCAGCUCUCUCCCCACCACCAGCCGUCCCCGGUCCAGACCCACUCGCGCUAUCGCACGCACCCAGCACAGCGAACGUGUUCGGGCCAAUGUCAACAGACGGCGCAUCACACAGGCACGCACUGAAGCGCAGCUCGCUCCCAGAUAUAUGAUGCAGUCCACGUGGUUGGAUGAGACCAUCAAUGCUGUAGUGGCCGGACUCAACACGGCCGUUUAUGUGCGAGACUUGACCCCUCGCUCCAAAUCCCGCCGGAGGAGAAAGACUGUUAAAAGAAGGAAAACCAAAAGCAAAUCCUCAGCAACGUCAGGGGGUAAAACAAAAAUGGGAGUCAAGAGACGGAAACGCAAAGUGAGGAGGUCAAAAUCGAGAAGAAAACUGGUCCUAAAGAAGGGAACCAAUUCCCGAGGUCGUAUUGCACGGAGUUUAGGCAUUAAGAAGCCCAAGUCUGGCUCCAUGAUUCCUUCAGUUUAUCGGCCUUCAGAGUACAGUUUAGGAAGUAUGCGUGCAGAAAUCGGAGCAGCCUCCCUCUCAGUGUAUGGAGAUCCCUUUGACCUGGACCCCUUUGAUGAUAGGGAGGAUGAGAUUCAAGUUCCGACGCCAUCCUCUGUUCUGGAUGCUAAACGCCGUGGCCUCUCCCGUUCUGCCUUGCGAUCCCAUCAGCCUGUGGCCAGACCCAUAUCUGCCGGACUCUCCAGGCGAGGUGUGAGUGUCCCACAGGUGGCAGAUGUUGCAGAGGAAGCCCCUGUAUCAGAUCUGCUGGGAAGCAUCCUCAGUGGUCAAAGCAUGCUCCUCAUGGACAGUUCAGAUGUGGUCAUCAACAGAGACGGUUCUCUCAAAGCAACCAAACCCGUGUCUCUGUCCGUGCCAAGAAACACUACCCCUAGAGGUUCAAGCUCAGGGGAAACAGGAGACACUCCAAUUUCAGAAGAAAGUCUCAUUCAACCCUCUGGAGGGGCUGGUCCUUCUUUCAGCCCAUUGAGGAGGUCCCCACCAGCACACAGUUCUCCUGGGUCCUCUUCCACACCACAGAAUCCCACAUCUCCACCCAUACACUCCCCUCAUCUUCCUCACUCUCACCCUUCUCCCUUGGGAAAUCCCCUAUUGCAUCCGGGAGCUCCUCAUAGGCCUGUCACCCUAAACCCACCUAGACCUGGGAAUAGCCACUUGAGCACCAAUGGGAUUAGAAGUCAACCCCUCUCAAGUAUGCCAAAUGGCCCUUCUAACUCUCCCCAUCAAGUCAAGGAUGGUCCUGUCCGACAACCACCUGUCAAAAAGCCCCCUCCUAAGCCUGUAUGGGUGGAUGUUUCUGUAUUGCCAAGAAUACCAAAAAUUAAAAAGGACAGUACCUCCUGUGCAAAUAGUAACAGUGGCAGCAGUAGCAGUACUUUGCCUGGGUCUUCAGCGAACAGCUUAGCAGGCAAUACAGGUAGGGAACGUACCAUUGACCAACAAGGUACAGGUGCGAGUCAGCAAAACAGGACGGUGGAUGCUCAGAGGCAAAGAGCAGACAGAACUGGUGCUUCAUCAUCAUUUUCUAGCUCUUUCACCUCUACUUCAUCAUCUUUUAGUGCCUCUUCAAACUCACGCCCCUCCUCUUCUUCCGUCAGUUUCCGCAUAAACGCUAGCGGAAACCCCUGGCAAGCUCGGCGACUUCCUGCAUCAGGAGGGACUCUGCCUGGAGGUGAUGAGGAAUCAAUAAAGAGGAAUAAUAAAAGUAAACAGAUGCUGUUGUCUUUAAAAGCAAAAGCCAAAGAGGAGAAGAGUGAGGUCUAUGAUCCCUUUAACCCUACAGGGUCUGAUUCCUCUGAUAAUGAACCAGAAAAGGAGGGUCCUGAUGUUGGCGUCCAAAAUACUGGACCUCGGGUGCCAAUUGGAGCCUGCCAUCCAAUCAAAUCUGAGCCUCUGGAUCUACACUCUGAUACAGAGAGAGGCUUGGAAAUGUGUGAAGAAGUUAAAAUGGAGCCAGAAUCUAUGUGGGACAGACCGUGCAAAGAAUCUCCACAUCAUUCAGACACAAUGCAUAGUCCAUCUCCCUCAGGAGGUCCUGCUUUGGAUUCAACUAGAUGCGAAGCAGGCAUGGUUACUGGAAGUGGUGGAACUCCAGGUAGCCCUUUUCAGAAAACUGAAGAGCACUCCAGUUCAAGCUCGUCAUGCAGUGAAAAAAAUGUUGAGGUGAAGUCUGAACCUGUGACUGGACCUCCACCCAUCAGGCCCCAAUCAAAGUCACUAGAAGAGUCUCUAGCCAAUCUACAACAAGCUUAUAAAGGAAAUGGGGUGUGUAAAGAGCUGCCUUCAGUCAGUGGUGCUUUUAAUUCUUCUAAAACAGCUAAGGACAAGGAGGAAAGACCUCAGAAGUCCCAGUCCAAGGAUAGGAAGCGGCCACCAUCAAACUCGCAAAGCUUUUCAUCUAAAGACUCCCAUAAAAAGAAACACUCAAAGUUAAAAGAAAAGAGGAGGUCACGCUCAAAGUCAAGGGAUCGGCGGAGAUCCCGUUCGAAAGAGAGGCAGCAUUCCCACUCACGAUCGAAAGAGAGGCAACGUCCGCGAUCAAGAGACCGGAGGUGUUCCUCGAGUUCCAGUAGUAGAGAAAGAAAGACGAGUGGGAGAAGAGCGAGUCGUGAGAGGAAUGACAGCCGAGGGAGAGAAAGACAUAGGAAGCGGUCUAAAGAAAGAAGGCACUCCCGAUCUCAUUCAUUUUCUAGAUCAAGGUCCAGAGAAAGGAGGAGAACAUCAAAGGAUCAGGGUGAGACUAGGCUAAAGAGGCAGAAGUCAAAAUCAACAUCUAGGGAGCGUAAACGGAGGGAGGAUCGAUCCGAGAUCUCUCGGCGUACAGAAAGGAGCUCCCAUAAGUCUACAGAGCCCAUGUCCACUGAAUUACGUGAGCCUGCUCUUAGUGCAAACAAGAUUACAACUCCUGUGAAGACCGAGAGAGAUGCGAGAACACAUGAGUGUGAGACAACUGUUGCAUUACCAUCAGUUAAAGUUGAGAUCACGGCUCAUGGACUUGGGUCAUCAAGACAUGAUGACCUGACCAGAACACUUCAAGAAAGCAAGGAUGAUGUUUCACUUGAGCUGCUUAAGCCUAAUGAAAUUAAAGAGGAGGAACCUUGGCCCACUGGUUCUGUCAAGGAGUUGAAAGACAUCAAAAAGGAGGAGGAAUUCUGUCUCAACUUGUGUGGAGAAUUAGAUGGCGUUAAAGAGAUGGAGAAAGAAGAGGUGGCAUCUUUAGACAUCUUCAGCACGGAAUCACCAAAUGUUAAUGAAAUUAAAUCAGGCAGUGCUGAUUUAGAGAAGAGCCAUGCUAGCUUACAGGAUGAGAUGAAAGGGCAAGAAAUAGUUGUUGAACCAAAAAUGAUAAAAAUUGAAAAAAUAUGGCUUGAUGAAGAUGAUUCACCAAGCUGCAGUGACAACACUCUUGUCAUCAAUUUGGAUAUGGCUGACAUAGAUGCAGUGAACUGUAAAAAGGAACCCACUGAGUCUUAUCAUUCGCCACUUUUGGAGGAGGACAUGGAGAUGUCACCUCUUCAGCCGCCAGACCUGCCAAUAAAACAAGAACCUGUUGUUUCCUCCGAUGAAGAUAUCAGUGUUGAUUACUUGAUUGAUAAUUUAGACUUCAUUAAGAAGGAAAUGAGUGAGAGCUCUGUGGCCGACUCAACAGAAGCUGUCGAUCCAAAGUCUGCCAUGCCAGAGGCUCCAGCAGAGAAUAAACAAACUACCGAAGCAGUUACACCUGGUGCAAAAUCUAAAUCGCAGGGAAAACGAGUUACCUGGAAUUUGCAGGAACCAGCAGAACCCCAGUCUGAGAAAUUAAGCAAACUUGCACUCUUCAAAUUAAAACUCAAGCAAGAAGGGUCACGAAGGUCUGCUACAACCCCACAAAAUCAGGAUAAAGCUUCCUCUCAGGCUGAACCAAAAUGCAUGGCAUCGGUCUCCAGCCUGCCUCCCCAAGAUGAAUCCAUCAAACCAAAAUCCCACAAAGAAGUUUUACACGACCCUAAUCAGACAGAGAAGUACAUGAUGAAACUUCAUAUGCAAGAGCGAGCAAUAGAGGAGGUCAAAUUGGCCAUAAAACCCUUCUACCAGAAAAGAGACAUCACGAAGGAAGAGUACAAAGAGAUUUUGCGCAAAGCCGUUCAGAAGGUAAUUGCGUGACGUCAGAUGUUUUCUUUUGCGGUUGUUUUUCCAUAUCCACUUCCUUGUA